CUGCGGAGGCUCUGGGAGGAAGUCGGGCUGCCAGGCCCGGCCUCGGGCUGCGGGCCCUGGGGACCCGGCGGGCCUCGAUUGCUCCUGGGUGCGCGCUCGGUGCACGCGCACGGGCUCGGGCCGCACCCCAGGCGCGCCCCGGAGCACCGCUUGGUUUCUAACCCUAACCACUCCCGGAGCCUCGGGAGGGCAGGCGUGGUGUGCGUUCCAGCCACAGGGCCAGACGCGUCCCUUGGGAAACUCGUUUGCGCCUCCGCCGUGAUUCCCACCUGUUGAUUAAAAAGACAAAAAGAAGUUGGUCGACGGAAAGGGGUCGGUCCCCGGGUGCGGAGGCCCCUUCCUCUGUAGCUGCAGGUCGCCACGAAUGAGCGCCCGUGCAGCAGGCAGGCCCCGGCGCCAGAGCGAUGGAGGCUAAAGUCCUGGAGAGCGCACAGGCCGACCUGAAGCUCGUGGCCCACCCGCGCGCCAAGAGCAAAGUGUGGAAGUACUUCGGCUUCGACACCAACGCCGAGGGAUGCAUCCUGCAGUGGAAGAAGAUCUACUGCCGCAUCUGCAUGGCCCAGAUCGCCUACUCGGGCAACACCUCCAACCUGUCCUACCACCUGGAGAAGAACCACCCCGAGGAGUUCUGUGAGUUCAUCAAGAGCAACACCGAGCAGAUGCGGGAGGCCUUCGCCACCGCCUUCUCCAAGCUCAAGCCCGAGGCCUCGCCGCCGCCGCCGCCGCCGCCGCCCCCGCCCGCGGCGCAGGACGCGCUGGCCAAGGGCGGCCCGGGCCUGGAGGGCCGCAGGCAGCAGGAGCUCACGGGCGCCGUGCUGGCGCUGCUCUGCGAGGGGCUCUUCCCCGCCUCCGUCGUGGACGAGCCCACCUUCCGCGCGCUGCUCAGGGCGGCCGAGCCGCGCUACGAGCUGCCCAGCGGCAAGUUCUUCUCCAGCAGGGCGCUGCCCGAGAAGUACGGCGCCGUGCGCGACGCCGUGCGCAAGGAGCUGGCCGACGCCGCCUGGUGCGGCGUCUCCGCCGAGCUGUGGCGCAGCGAGACCCAGAACCGCGCCUACGUGACGCUGGCCGCCCACUUCCUGGGCCUGGCGUCCCCCAACUGCCUGUCGCUGGCCUCCCGGUGCCUGAAGACCUUCGAGGUGCCCGAGGAGAACACGGCGGAGACCAUCACGCGCGUGCUCUACGAGACCUUCAUCCAGUGGGGCGUCAGCGCCAAGGUGGCCGGGGCCACCACCGACUGCGGCAAAGACAUCGCCAAGGCCUGCUCCCUGCUGGACAUCCCCGUGCAGAUGCCGUGUCUGGGGCGAACCUUCAACGCGGGCAUCCAGCAGGCCUUCCGGCUGCCCAAGCUGAGCGCGCUGCUGGCGCGCUGCCGCCGGCUGGUGGAGUACGUGCAGCAGUCGGCGGCGGCCAUGUACAUGCUGUGCCAGAAGCAGAAGCAGCUGGGCGCCCCUCACGCCAUGCUGGUCAGCGACCGUGUGGCCUGGUGGGGCAGCACCCUGGCCAUGCUGCGGCGGCUGCAGGAGCAGCAGUUCGCCAUCGCGGGCGUCCUGGUGGAGGACAGCAACAACCACCACCUGAUGCUGGAGGCCAGCGAGUGGGCCACCAUCGAGGGCCUGGUGGAUCUGCUGCGGCCCUUCAAGCAAGUGGCCGAGAUGCUGUCCGGCUCCAGGUACCCGACCAUCAGCAUGGUGAAGCCGCUGCUGCACAUGCUGCUCAACACCACGCUCACCGUCAAGGAGACCGACUCCAAGGAGAUCAGCAUGGCCAAGGAGGUCAUCGCCAAAGAGCUGGCCAGGACCUACCAGGACGCGCCCGAGAUCGACAUGUUCCUGAACGUGGCCACCUUCCUGGACCCGCGCUACAAAAGGCUCCCCUUCCUGUCGGCCUUCGAACGGCAGCAGGUGGAGAACCGAGUGGUGGAGGAGGCCAAGGGCGUCCUGGAAAAGGUCAAGGACAGCGGCUUCGCGCCGCCGCCCGCCGAGGAGAAGAUCUACCCGGCGCCCGAGGAGCCUCCGGCCAAGAAGCCGGUGCCCAGCGCGCCCGCGCCGGCCAGCGUCAUCAACAGCAUGCUGGCCGAGAUCUUCUGCCAGGGCGGCUGCGCCGAGGACCGGGAGGAGUGGCACGCGCAGGUGGUGGAGGAGCUGAGCAACUUCAAGUCGCAGAAGGUGCUGGGCCUCCAGGAAGACCCGCUCAAGUGGUGGUCGGACCGCCUGGCGCUCUUCCCGGUGCUGCCCAAGGUGCUGCAGAAGUACUGGUGCGUGGCCGCCACGCGCGUCGGCCCCGAGCGCCUCUUCGGCUCGGCGGCCAACGUGGUCCGCGCCAAGAGGAACCGGCUGGCGCCUGCGCACGUGGACCAGCAGGUCUUCCUCUACGAGAACGCCAGGCGCGCGGGCGAGGCCGAGCCCGAGGACGAGGACGAGGGCGAGUGGGGCCUGGACCAGGAGCAGCUCUUCCCCCUCCUCGGGCUGCGGGACGGGGGCUUCCUGUAGACGGACGCUCGGGGGCUGCUGCGCUGCAAAACGCGGAUUUCCUGUCAAGCCCCAAAGACCAGCGAGGGCUUCAGAACCGAGACGGAGGGACAGACGGCCCGGGAGCCCCGAGGCGCAGAGAGCUGCUUCUGGGU